AUGAACAUUAUGGAACUACUUGUGAAGCUGAACAUUGUCGUGUUUUCAUGCACUCAAAUUACUUCAGUUUGGAGAUUUGAAAACAAAGUUGAUGAUGUGCCUCAAUUAGACGAUUCAGGGAGUUGUGAGAGUGAAGUUGGAGGUUGUUUAAGUUUGUAUAGUCUAUGGUGUGAGGAGAUUUGCAGGGUUUGUGGUUAUGAGGUUGGACAGUAUGAUACAAGGCUGAUUUUAUUUGGGAUAGGGACUGGUUUAUGGAGCAGGAUUUUGGCUUGUUGUAGCAGGCUGUUUUGGCAUAGGUUAUGGCACAAACUUUGGACUGGUAUAGUGGCAUCCACUAUUGAGGCUAAGGAAGACAAAGAAGGUCGAGUUGGGGCUUCAAAGGCUAAGCUUAAUAUUAUGUUGGGAAAUGCUAAAAGUGUUGACCAAAGCACUGAUGUUUGA